CCACUUACAAAGCACAGCAGAUUGCACACACAUUUGCACCGAUCAGUAGAUAAGAAGAGAAGCCACUUCACGGUGUAAACAGGCACUUCUUUUUGGUUCAAAGUUUUAUCAAGCUGCAGCAGAAUGUUUAAAAAAGUUACCCAAUCCAUAGCAAAGCAGAUGGAUCCAAAAGGAGAAGUGAUUCCAGUUUACAGCAUCCUAGACCAAGAACAUUUCAGACUCUUCUGCCUAGUUAGAAGAAAAGGAAAAACCAUGUUCUGCCCAACUCCUGGCUACCGAAGAACAGAGUAUAGUCUCUAUGAUGUGUUGCUACAUGAAGACGACAAAGUAAGUGCAGGGGCCCUCAUUCCCACUGAAGACGUUCAAGAUUCAAGCCAAGUUGUAUUUACACACCACGUCGAUGGCAGAGUUGAAGGGAAACUUCACCUUCCUGUUAACUCUGCAAACACAGAAGUACACGGAUCUACCCAUUGGUCCAAAGAGGGGUCCAUCAAACUGGAAAAAAAGUACAUACCAGUAGCAAAAUUUGAGUCACUAAAAACAGAAAGAAAAAUCAAUAUGAAUCACUCCUUCAUUGAACAAUUAAAGAAAAGGCAACAGAAUUUGUAUGUGGUUUAUGAAUCAGUAGAAGCCUCAGAGGAGACCAGCUAUGAGGAAACCAAUAGGACAGAAGGGAGCUUCAUGGCCCAACUUUAUGCCAAGUUCAGCACAAAGGGCACCAGAGACUGCAAACAAAGCAUAACUAUACCCAAAGGCUGCAUCAUAGCAUUCAGACCAAUGCAGCUGACUAUUCAAGAUGGAUCAUGGGGUAUUUACCAUUUUCCAGAAGAUAAUAUACAAACAUUUGCAUCUGAUGGCUUCUCAUGUGGAAAAUCAGAAGCACUAGAGAAGGAAGUUAAAGCAAAAUAUCAGAUUUUCUCCAAGUUGUCUGUGGAUCUGUGUGUCAUAUUUUUAAAAUCCAUCAAAGCUGUGAUGAGAAACAGAAACCUCUUUCAAGAACUGACCCAGAAAAUGGAAGCUGUUCUUGACGAACCUGAUAACUGUGACCUGAAAACAGAGAGCCCAGACUUAAAAGACCUGCUGUACAGUUUACAGGAUUCUCCGAAAGGUCUUCUCCUUAAGCUUGCAGAAGCAAUUAACUACACCCUUUACGCUUUAGAUGAAUUAACAGAGGAUCAGCUGCUGCUAUUGCUAGAGUCUUUGGAAGAGAAGAUUGUGACCCAACAACUUAGGCUGGUCAAGAGCAUCUUGGAACACAGUAUAGAAAACACGAAGGGCUGUUUCAGCGUGGAUGCCAGUCUGCUCUCCUUCUCACAAGAGAAGGAAUUAAAAAUAACCACUGUAAUGUUAGAAAUGAGUGGAGUGAAGAUUCAGAAAAACGGAUCUGCUGAAUGUGAGCUAGAAGCCUUCUCAUCUCUAGCAGCCCUGUAUGCAUCUCUGUAUGUGCUAGAUCUUCUGAAUACAUUAGACUAGACUACACUUUUCUUCCUGUUAGGAAUGGUUUAAAGGGAAUAGCUUGAGGAUAUAUUUGCAAGUCUGUUAUUGUAAGAUAGUUUCUCUCUCCAGGCUUCACUCCUAUCUAGGCAAGACAUUAUAACCACUCAGUCUUGUUUCUAAAUGAGUGGGAAAAGCAGAGUCUUAAAGCAGCAUAUCUGCUUAUGGAAGACAGAAACUAAAAUGGUAUCUUCAUCACAUAUCCCAUGAGUGAUGCCGAAGAAUAGAUUAUGACAGCUUUAUAAUACAUUCAGCAUUCCCCUUACAACUUCUGGGCUAAAUCAGGGAAAGAAACAUGACUAGUAUUCAAGCAGAUACUGUUACCUACUCACAGGAUGAGUUUUAAAACUAUCAGAAAACAUUAGCUAGGUUAGAUAUCAAAAAGAGUAUAUUUGUUUCUACAACCACCUCAAUGGAAGGAGCCAUUCAUGUACUUUAGAAUAAAAACACUUUAGAAUAAAAAGAAGUCACAGAUCCCAAAAGUACAAGAGUGAGGUUAUCCUGUCCUAUUCCUCCUUCUCCUCUAGACAUAUUAGCAUUCUGCAGGCCGCUUUAAUAUCUCUUCUUCAGCAAACAUUGUAUCAGCAAUUCUCUUCACUCAUACAGAUAACCCUUUUCCCCUAGCAGUAAAGAUAUUAUAAAUACUGCAGUAUCAGUGUAACUUUCUAUGUAUCAUAGCCUGUCACAGAUUUUCUUUUACCAGUAGAUGGCUCAUGCUAGAGCAGAUCUUAGAUGCUGUCUCUGUCCAAAAAUGGGUGUUCUCCUAUUACUCCAAUGCCACAUUUUUAGAACAAUUACAUGUAUUCUUUAAACAACAGCUGUUCAGUAGACAGUUCACAGGCUAAACCCAGCCUGCUAAACAGUUCUGGGGCAAAUGAAACUAGCUCCCACCACCUCAAAUGCAAUUUUGCAUUUUGACCAGCCAGCUCUUGAGUAACUUCCUCCAUUAUAGCCCAGCACCUACAUACUAGAGAAACUAGAAAAUCCUUUUUAUAAGGUCAUUAGAGAACACAAUAAAUAAUAGCAGACAGCACAGCUGGUCUGCCCCCAUUUUUCUAUAAAAAACAGAAAAUAAUUGUGAAAUCAGUUGAGUUUUUAACUCUUUUAGAGCAGGCAUAACAAAUGUUCUGGUUACUACAACAGAAAUAAAGAGAAUAAUUUCUUACA